AUGGCUAGUACUGGUAAGGUUAGAAAGGCUAGAUGUCAAUUCACUGAGUGUGCGAGCUCUCUGAUCAGUGUCCCAGCUGUGGACUCCAAGACCACUGACAGAUUGAUCUACUUCCCAGGUGCGAUCAUGGAGAAGUACAAGAUCAUGGAGACCCGUGAGGGUGCUGACGCCCAGAAGGAGUACGAGUUCCUGGUUGUUCCAGAGUUCUGGGACUUCGAUAACAUUGGUGUGUCCCGUGAUCUAUGUCAAGUUACCGAGGACAGGGACAACGCUGAGUUCAAGUUCGAGUGGGACGGCCACACUUGGGAGUUGAUCCAUUGCCAAAGGUACUUGGCCUGUGCUGAGUGUGACCGUGGUCCAAUCGGUCUGCUGUGUGAAGUUCAAGAUGCUAACGACCACUCUUCCACUAGAAAGAUCUGUUUGUUGAGCAUUGCAAGCGUCGAUUGCAAAUAA